AUGUUCAAUGUCAAACUUCCCUGGCGAGAAUAUGGACAAGUUCCGAAAUCAGCGGAUUAUUUCAAUCAAACGACGCUCGAUGUUCUCGGUUUUUUCAAUAUUUUUUCGCUUUGCAUCUCUAUUCUGACACUGACGUUUUCAAGUUUUGAUCGAUAUUUGGCCGUCCGAUUCCCGAUGAAAUACAAAAAUUCCGAAACAGGCGUCAAAGUCUUGACGAUCGUUUCAAUCAGUAUGGUUUGGAUUCUCGCUCUCUUCCUUGCUAUCACUCCCUGGCUCAAAGGUGGAAUGCGCUACGUACUGGGUCCGACACAGAUGGUCGUCGGAGUCAUUCCUGGAGCUGAUGAGAAUUUUCCGUAUACUUAUGUUUGGACGGAGAUUUUCUAUGCUGCGAUCAUUGCUACGCCACUGGUGGUGGUUUGGAUUGUCAAUUCUGCUACGAUUUGGGAAAUUAUUGGCGAUGAUUGCUGCGCGUUUUUCAGGACACUGUUUUGUUGCGAUGGAAGAUUCUGCAAAACUGCUCCAAGAGAGAGCCGAAGACCAUCUGCCUUUGGUCACGUGCCGAAAAAGCAUCAGAAGCAAACGUUUGAGAUCAGAAUCGCGAAGACAUUUCUUUCAAUGACUGCGGCCUUUACUCUUUCACUUCUUCCAAUGGGCCUGGUCAAUCUCUGGUUCUACCUCGACCCAGAAUCAACAAAUCCUCAUAGCCUCCACUUCAACCCUCGCCUAUCUGCUGCUCGCGAAUUCUUCGACCUUUUCGGUAACUACCUCAUCCAUUUAGCAGUACUGUCAGAAUUUCUCUAG